AUGGCUUCUUCACUACAAGCUGAUACGGCUACAGGGUGUUGCGAUUUCCUUCCGAAGUAUUUGGUCUCUCUCAACGGACGGCUGACAAUUUUCUGGGACAAGUUUAUUGCUGCGGUGCGGAAAUCAGGCUCUGAUCAAGUUCCCCUUCUUAUGCUUCCUAAGAGGUUUGAUGCGGACAUGGUUCAGUUUUACACCCUCACAAAAAGUCAGAUAUACAACACCAAUCUCCCAGAAACCAUUGGCAAGGCCUGCUUUGCCUCUCUAGGAUGGCUGAUUACUGUAACCAAGGAUACAGCGGAUGAUGGGGAAUUGAAGUUUAGUAUGUUCCACCCAUCAAUGCAUUCCAGAAUUGAAAUCCCAAAUGGGGGGACUGAUUUUAUACGCUUCCCCCUUGAGAAUGUAUUGAAGUUUGUGGUGUCGUCGAAUCCUCGUUUGACAUCGGAUUAUAUAGUCAUGUUUCAAUCAUAUAGUAGUUUGGGAUUCUGCAGGCCAGGACUUGGCCAAAGUUGGAAGCGUCUUACAUUUGACUACCAAAAUUACUUCACGGAUCUCACGUAUUAUCAGGGAAACUUCUAUGUUGUGAAUCGAUCUGGUCGUGUUUCUGUUGUUUGUGACAUUGAAGACCCUGAGCGAGCACAUUUGAGUGUUGUUGCUCCCGAAAUUCCGGAUUUGGAGGAGCUUCUAGGUCGUCAUAAAGGCAUUAAGAAUUCAUAUCUGGUGGAAUCAGCAGGGUCCCUAUUGGUGGUUUUGUGUACUUCCAACCAUUACCACUAUGAAACAACUAGUGGCUGCAGGGUUUUCAAGGUCCCGUUCAGUAGUGGCAGUUCAUGGUCCAACUCUGAGGUAUUCGAUUUGGGUGACAGAGCCCUCUUCUUGAGCAAAAGCAAUUCCUCUUUCUCUGUUGAGGUCUCGAGCAACUCCGGAUGCAAGGCCAAUUGCAUAUAUUUCAUGAACAACAAACUGGUCUCCCCAUCUGUGGACUUGGAUAUUGGAAUUUUUCAUAUGGAGAAUGGCAAAAUCGACCGAGACUUUGCCAAGUCUUUCAAUACGGGUUUUGAGGAGGUCAGGGAAUCCCAUCUAUGGAUUCAACCGCAGUGA